GAGAUAUCGCCACAGGGGAGAGCGGCGCAAACAGACGAGAGCGAGUCGUUGAGAGAGCGAGAGCGAGGGAGGGAGGGAGAGCAGCGGAGAUGGUUUCCGGUUCCGGGAUAUGCGCGAGGAGGGUGGUGGUGGAUGCGAGGCACCACAUGCUAGGGAGGCUGGCCUCCAUUGUGGCCAAGGAGCUGCUCAACGGCCAGAAGGUCGUGGUCGUCCGGUGCGAGGAGAUCUGCCUCUCCGGCGGCCUCGUCCGGCAGAAGAUGAAGUACAUGAGGUUCCUCCGGAAGCGCAUGAACACCAAGCCCUCUCACGGUCCCAUUCACUUCCGUGCUCCUGCUAAGAUCUUCUGGCGCACCGUCCGCGGAAUGAUUCCGCACAAGACGAAGCGGGGAGCAGCUGCUCUUGCUCGGCUGAAGGCUUAUGAGGGUAUCCCUCCGCCUUACGAUAAGGUGAAGAGGAUGGUCGUGCCUGAUGCUCUCAAGGUGUUGAGGCUUCAGAAGGGGCACAAGUACUGUCUGAUGGGCCAACUGUCAUCCCAGGUUGGAUGGAACCACUAUGAUACCAUCAGAGAGUUGGAGGAGAAGAGAAAGGAGAGGGCUCAGCUGGUUUACGAGAGGAAGAAGCAGCUUAACAAGCUUAGGGUGAAGGCUGAGAAGACUGCAGAGGAGAAACUCGGUUCCCAAAUCGAAGUCCUUGCUUCCGUUAAAUAUUAAGAUCCUAUUAAGUUAGCUUUCUCUAGAUGUUUCAAGUUUUGUUGAGGAAUGCUCUAUCUUUUUUUUCCAAGUUCAGACAGAUCAAGAAACAGAAAUGUGACUUAUUUUGUGCUCGUCUCAAGCUUGUCGGUUUCGACUCAUCUAUAGAGGGUUUAUGCUGUAGAAGGACGGAGAUUGUUAUAUCAUUGAGUUUGUGUUUGGAUUGCUAGUGAA